AUACUUUCACGCGGUUCAUAUUUAUAUUAUAACCUACUAAAAUACAUUUAUCUCUUGUCGGCAAUAAGCAUCGUACGGGUUUGUCAAAUCCCGAUCCUAGCUUUUCUGGGUUUGCGCUUGCGUGCCACCACGGCCGGCUUGAAAGAUGGCAGAAGACGCUGGAGGAUGGAGCACAAUCGAAUCUGAUGAGGGAGUAUUCACCUCAUUGAUCGAAGAUCUCGGUGUGAAAAAUGUGCAAUUCGAAGAGCUCAUUUCUCUUGAUGCGAAUACUAUACAGUCCUUGAGUCCGGUAUACGGUGUCAUAUUCCUCUUUAAGUGGAUAAGUGGGCAAACACGCAGCUCCGACUCCCCACAAGACGGCACCUAUGACCCCUCCGCCACAGAAAACGGCCUCUUCUUCGCUGCCCAAACCAUACAAAACGCCUGCGGAACCCAAGCCAUUCUCUCCGUGAUCCUAAACCAAGAUAACCCCUCGCUUUCCGACCCGACAGCUCCGGGGAUAGACAUUGGCCCUAGCCUCCGCGACUUCAAAGAGUUCACGACCGGCUUCCCACCGGACCUUCGCGGCGAAGCUCUAAGUAACUCCGCCGAAAUUCGCAACGCGCACAACACAUUCGCGAGGGCAUCGCCAUUCGUCGACGAAACCUCGCGACCCCCUGUUCCCGAAGAAGAAAGCGAAUUGUACCACUUCAUCGCAUACACGCCAUUCAACGGCGUUCUCUACGAACUAGACGGACUACAGCCGUUUCCCAUCAGUCAUGGACCAUGCGACUCUUCAGAUUUUCCCGAGAAAGUGAUCGAGGUCCUUCAGCGGCGGAUUGCGCGCUAUCCGGAGGGUGAGAUACGGUUUAAUUUGAUGGCGGUGGUUAAGGAUUUACGCAUCCGCGCUGCGGAGAUUGGGGAUGUGGAGGCGCUGGAGGGGGAAGAGAGGAAGCGACGUGCUUGGGCGUGGGAGAAUGCGUUGAGGAGAUGGAAUUUUGUGGGAUUUAUUGGCGAGGUAUUGAAAGGUGUGGUUGGAAAGAAGGUAGAGCAAGGCGAUGGCGAGUAUGAGAAAUGGGUCGGUGACGCGACGGAGGCGACCGUUAGAAAAUUGAACAUGAGAAGAGGAAGAGGAAAUGGGAAUGGAGAGUAGUGCAUUGGUCGAUCACUCCGGAGAAUUCUGCGAGGAUAAAUGGGAAUGGUGUUAUCGUGAUUUCAACGAUUCUUAUACGGAGUACGGCCCAACAAAAAUGUUAGAUAGUCAUCUCCCGCUGGACGGAUUUCACACCAAUUCUAUUCGAUCUCAAAUCCCACUUCAUGGCCAUACAUCAAAGGCACGGAGUACCGGCUACAGAACACAGCAAAAAGUAUAUAGUCAAAUGCAGAAAAGUGCUGCCAAGCAA